UAAAAGGAGUUCGCAUGUGCUCGAACUCCAGCACCCGAUAUCUCACAAAUUCUCUCGCUCUCUACAAACUGCACUUUCACGUCGUCUUAGUCACGCGAAAAUCUCCAAUGGCUGCCACUACUGCUAUCGCCAUCGUUUCUCCCACCUUUUCCCACGCUUUUGGGAGGUUCGGUAUUUCUAUGAAAAAAUUAUCGCCAGGUUCCGUCCGACCUGCGCAGCGUGUCUCGGCAUCGCGUCAUCGGCGCAUCACGGCAAAGGCGGAUUCCAAGAGCCUGCAGGAGCAGCCAAGCGCGGACCCGCCAUCAUCAUCAUCGGCAGCAACGGACGCCGCUGCCACAACAGCACAGCCCCAGCGCGCUGUGAAGAGCCGAGCGUUCCUCGUCUCGCGCCGCCCGACCGUGGCAACGCCAUUUGGGUCCCUCUCAGAGCUGCUGGACCCCUGGUUCCCCGGCACCCACUCGCUCACGCACCUCGUGG